UUGUUGGUUUACUAAUGAAACAACUAGUUGAUUUCCUUCAUCUUAUCAUCGUCGUCUUGUUUGUGUUUUACUUCUACUUCAAAUGGUAUGUGCAUGUUCUGUUACUGUCAAUGGAGAUAAUGAACAAGAGAAGAAAUUCUAUAUUGUAUAUUUGGGUGAUUCACCAGUUUUUAAGGAUUCCAUUGUUGAUUCACAUAUCAAUCUUCUGCCAGAUGUUGUUGGAAGGUUCGAGAGGUGUUGUUUCGGUGUUUCCUAAUAAACAAAGAAAACUUCAUACAACAAAAACAUGGGAUUUCUUGGGAUUUCCUCAAAAUGUUAAAAGAAAAGCGAAACUGGAGAGCAACUUAGUUGCGGGCUUAAUAGAUACAGGGAUUACAUCGGUAUCUGAGAGCUUUAAUGACAAAGGGUUUGGUCCUCCACCAGCUAAAUGGAAGGGAUCUUGCGGCCUUUAUGCCAAUUUUUCUUGCAAAAAUUGGGAUCCUCUUCCAGGCGAUGAGUCUUGUCAGGAGGAUGGGAAAGGUAGUGCUUUACCUCCUUCGUCUAGCUCCAAGAAGAGAAGACGCCCUCCAUUAGUGAAGCCUUUGGAUAUUCCUCCUGUCGUGUCUCCUCCUGCUAAAAAAUCUCCGCCUCUUGGCUGUAAGCCUAGGGGCCUCCUCUUUGAAGAAUACAUUAAUCUGCCUCUCAACGAAUGA